AGGAGCAUGUGAGAGCUGAAGUAGGAGGCAGUUGAAUUUCUCUCAGAUUAAGUGAAAGGUGAGUGGAUAUGAAGCAGAUCAGUUUGUCAGCCCUCCUGCUCCUGGCAACAUGCCUGUCCAGUGCAACACCUAAAAAGUCUGAAUACAAGACAUCUGACUGGACAGAGACUUUAAUAAACAUCAAGGAUGGAGUUCAGAACUUAUACACUUACUACACAUACUUCAAAAAAGUUAAAACUGCUUUGGAUUUAAUGUUGGGUUCUGAUCAUCUGUGUGAGUUUAAAUGCCCUGGCUCUGGACAAAUGCUCUUUCCUCGGCCUGGCCACAACCCAUCAUCCAAUGGAUGUGGUACCCCGCUGUUUGUAUUUCAUUUUGAUAUUAAAAUCCCAGCAACAACCAGGUGCUGUAACCAACACGACUACUGCUACGACACAUGUGGACGAAAAAAGCGGGAGUGUGAUGAGCAGUUCCAGAUUUGCUUGAAGAACAUUUGUGGGAACCUUCUGAAAGCGCUGGGGCUGGACCAGAAUGAUGCAUGUGAUUUACUGGUGAGUCAUGUCUUCGAUGGCGUCAUGCACCUAGGCUGCAAACCCUACCUGGAUAGCCAGAAAGCUGCAUGUGUCUGCAAGGAUAAAGCUAAGCUGUGAUUGGACGUGUUUGGGGCUCAGAAACUCCUGACUCCUUUAAGGAUCAUCUGAUGUGUCAAGUCUCUGUUCUAAAAGUCUAACACUCAUCAUCGUCAUCAACAUCAUCAUCAAGCACUCCAUAGGAUGAAUCUGAUGCAUUAAAACACUGUGUGGAAUUGAAACUGGGCUGAGAUUAAGACAAAUACUAAUAUAUUAAAAGGUAUACAGAUAAUUGAAGAAACAGUUAUACCUACAGUAUAAUGUGUUCUAAAAAGACUUAUUUUUGUGGUUCUUACUAUUCACAUGGUUUAUGCCAGCUGUAACUCACAGCAGGUCUGUGUUACAUUUAAGACUCCUGAGUGUAAAUGCAUGAUAAAUUAUAUGUAAAGUACAGUAUAAUAUAUGUAAAUAUGUAAAGUUACCUACAGUAUAGUAUUAUCUUUUCUUGAAGCUCACCAUGUGAUUUUCAAAUUCUGCCUUUUCUUUUAACUAGGGUGAAUACCUAAUAGCUUUUUAUGUGUUUUUCUUGGUAAUCAGGAAAAGUAUAUAUUUUUAAGGUUAGACUUUUUUGAUCCUUGAUCUCUCUUGGACAUGAAAAAAAGUUCUUUCUGCAGUUGUUUUCUGGUUUGCUUUAUUAUGUAUAGAAAAAUAGUAGGU